ACAGAGGCAAGGCUGUAUACAUGGUGAGGAGUUGCCAUACCUUUUCGGUGCGCCACUGGUAGGAGGACUGGCGCACUUCACAAAAAACUACACCAAAUCAGAAAUGGCUCUUUCUGAGACAAUGAUGAUUUAUUGGAGCAACUUUAUUAGGAAAGGAAACCCCAAUGAAUCCCCUGAUGGAGAUGCCUCCCAUGGAGGCCGUAGUGAGAGGAGUAGAUUUAAGAAUGUUGAGUGGACUGCGUAUGAAGGUGUACAUAAAAAAUACUUAAAUUUAGGUGAGUUUCAUUUAUACUUCAUCAUAACGAUUUUUUGUUCGGGUUUUCUUCAAUUUAAAUAA